GCUGCUAUAGUUAGCCCUUGGCACGUCACCCCUCCCGGCUCCCCCCGGGAGCUCUAUAUAACCCCAGGGGGAUUGGCAGGGCUCCCCAGCCUGCCCUGCUCCCCCACCAGCAGAGACUCCCAACAGCAGCCCCUGCCCGCCUGCGGAGAGGAGAUGGCACCCAAGAAGGCCAAGAGGAAGGCAGCGGAAGGCAGCUCCAAUGUCUUCUCCAUGUUUGACCAAACCCAAAUCCAGGAGUUCAAAGAGGCCUUCACCGUCAUUGACCAGAACAGAAAGGGUUUGUCUGGGCAGGGCGGGAAUAACGAGACAUACCCUCCCUUGCCACCCUGGGCAGGUCGCCUGAACGUGAAGAAUGAGGAGCUGGAGGCCAUGAUUAAAGAAGCCAGUGGCCCCAUCAACUUCACCGUCUUCCUCACCAUGUUUGGGGAGAAGCUCAAGGGUGCUGACCCUGAGGACGUGAUCAUGGGGGCGUUCAAGAUCCUGGACCCUGACGGCAAAGGAUCCAUCAAGAAGCAGUUCCUGGAAGAACUUCUGACCACCCAGUGCGACAGAUUCACCCCGGAAGAGAUCAAGAACAUGUGGGCAGCUUUUCCUCCAGAUGUGGGUGGCAACGUGGACUACAAGAACAUCUGCUACGUCAUUACACACGGUGAAGACAAAGAAGGAGAGUAAAUCCAUCAGGCCUCCCCCAAUUCCCCUGCCCGCCAUCUAGGGGGCUGGCACUGUGGGAUCCCAUCCACCCACACCCCCCAGGUCCGGGGCAUCUCCCCCACGACACCAAAUCAUCCGUUUUGGACCCCCCAUCCCCCGCUGCAGACACUGGUCUUAUUUAUUGUGAUUUUGGGGUGGGGAGCUGGGUCCCACAACCCUCCCCUUCCUCACCCUGCAGCCAGAGUCUUAAGGAACUGGUCAGGGCCCGUAUCAGGAAUUGAGAAAAAAAUGUUGCAAUAAAGCUGAGAAAACCUGUUUUUAACUCU